AAAAAAUCAAAGUUUUGCUAAAAAGUGAUGAGUUAUGAGUUUUUCUCAUAAUAUUUAGGAAAAUCUUCAGUAAAUCGUGCGCUAAAUUACCAAAAUGUCCCGUCAAAAUACUCGCCUCGACACGAAGAAAGUGUGCAUCUUUUGAGUGAAAAUUAGGAAGAAAGAUUUGUUAAACUAGUGGUGGCAGAGAAAAAAGGGAGGAUACAAUCUAGAAUGCAGCCAGAAGGGGCGGAACGCAAAGGAAACUUUAUUAUCAAAAUGGAAGGAACUGGUCAGGAACAGCAACAGCAUCAGAUUGCCGGUGGCGGCGGUACAUCAAUCCAGGUGCUUCAGCUCAACCAAGCCCUGCAAGAUCCAGCAAAUCAGCAAAUGUUGCUGCAAAGUCUUCAGCAGCAGCUCAACGCUUCCGCUGGCCAACCAAUGCAGGUUGUUCCGUUAAGUUCGCUGUCCACCGGCGGUCAGGGCUUGGUCAUGCCGACGCAAACAAUCCAACAAACGACGACCGCCCAACCCCAGAUGCUGCAGUUCACGCUGGACGGGGGCCAAACAUUCCUGUACCAGCCGGUCCAGCUGCCGACGGCCGAAGCCACCCAGAACUUCAACAUCAACGCGAACAUCGUGCAGAUCCCGCCAAACCAGGUGGGAACGGCCGCGGGCGGUGCCACCACCGGACAAGUCGUAAUGUUGGCCUCAGGCCCCGACCAGAACGGAAUCGCUACCGUUCAAACCCAACCAGCGGCGGCGACCUUUGCCCCGGCACCGGUUCCAACCGCCCAAGCCACAGCUACUCCGUCCCCGACUGGCAACGUCUCCGCCCCGGCGGCCAUCAACGUGGCGGAAGUGGCCGCCGCAGCCGUCGAGUCCGAGGAGGAGCCGCUGUACGUGAACGCGAAGCAGUACAAACGGAUUUUGAAGCGGCGCCAGGCACGGGCCAAACUCGAAGCGCAGGGCAAGAUCCCGAAGGAGCGGCCCAAGUAUUUGCACGAGUCGCGCCACCGGCACGCGAUGAACCGGGUGCGCGGGGACGGAGGGCGCUUUCACACGCACGGUGGCAAGGAAGAAAUGGAGUGAAAUUGUGCGGGAGUUUUGUGUCUGUGUUUGUGUGAUUUCGAUGAAAUGUAAUUUUACGUAAAAUUUAUGUAAGGAAUAAAAGACUUUUUAUGUG